CCGAAUAUCCGGCAUCUUAGUUUAAGUUUCGCGAUCAAUAUCGGCACGACCGUGGUCAUCUACCAUCGAGGUUUUCUAUUUUUUGAUGCUGUAAAACUUUAAAAAAGUUAAUAUUAACCUCUGCAUACUUCAAAUUUAUCUAAGAGGCAGCUGCUACGGGUGCUGCAUAUCAAACGGGACAGGCUGGAUAUGCUGUAGCAACCCCUGCUAGUGCCGCUGCUACGUACGGAACUAGGGCUGGCUACGAAACACCUUACCAAGCUCAACAAGCAGCAUAUGCAACUGUCGGAACUGCUGGAGCUGCGUCUUACGAUUAUGGUUACGGUCAAACAGCAGCAGCAGGUUAUACUACAGGAUAUGAUCAAAGUGCGGCUGUAGCUGUAGCAGCCGCUGCAAAACCUACCACAUACGCAACAACUUACAAUACUCAGAGGACUACACAACCACAACAAGUUCAAGUGUCAACUGCAACGUACGUUCAACCUGUAACGCAGACAACUGUAGCCGCAGCUCAGCCCACUACUCAAGCAAAAGCCACAAUGUAUGUAGCACAAGUUGGAGGUCAACAGAAACCUGCUGGAUGGCAAAACUUUCGAAAACCUGGAGCUGGUGCAAAGAUAGUCCGGACGAAAGCACCACCCAAACCGCAACAAUUGCAUUAUUGCGAGGUUUGCAAAAUUAGUUGUGCCGGUCCACAAACAUAUCAGGAACAUUUAUUAGGCCAAAAACACAAGAAACGUGAAUCAGCUUUGAAAAUGGCUGCUUCUGUGGCGGUAACUAGUCAAAACAGAUCUGGAAACUCUCUAAGGUGCCAGCUAUGUGAUGUCACUUGCACAGGUAAUGAUGCAUAUGCAGCUCACAUUCGUGGUGCCAAGCAUCAAAAAGUGGUACUCCUCCACACUAAAUUAGGCAAACCAAUACCACCUCAAGAGCCGGAAGUUAUGGGUAGUGCUAAAAAAUCUGUAGCCAGCGAUCCAAAAAUCAAUUUUGUACAAGGAAGUGGUUUGGGUACAGCGGCCACGGGCAAUGGCGAUCCCAACAAUAAAGAUGAUGACGACACCCCAGAAGCCGACGUACAACCUGUUGGUCAAGAUUAUAUUGAAGAAAUUAAAACAGAUGAUGGAAAAUUACAGGUUAUAAGUUUCAACUGUAAAUUAUGCGAGUGUAGAUUUAGUGAUCCAAACGCAAAGGAGAUGCAUAUGAAAGGUAGAAGACAUAGGUUGCAAUAUAAAAAGAAAGUCGAUCCUAAUCUAGUUGUGGAUGUCAAACCGUCGCUCAGACAAAGGAAAAUGCAAGAAGAAAAGAUGAGAAGAGCCGCAAUUCGCGAAGAAUACUGGGCUAGAAGAAAUGAAGAUGGUUAUUGGGAUAGACGGUAUGAGGAAGAAUAUAUGGGUAUGGGUCCGUUUCACAGAGGCAGGCCAUUUCCUGGUGGGCCACCUCCAUUUUUCGGUGGUAUGCCGCGUCGAACAGAAUCAAGUGAUGACAAACAUGUAAUGGCUCGUCAUGCUGAAAUAUAUCCUAAAGAGGACGAGCUACAAUCUAUACAAAAUAUUGUAUCCAAUACAGAGAAAGCUCUCAAGAUUGUUUCUGACAAAAUAGCAGAUGCCAAAAAUCAAGGAAAAAAAGUUGACGCUGCCACCGCAGCUGCAGCCGCCGCCGCCGCCAAGGCUGAAAAUGAAAGCAAACAAUCAGAAGCACCGCAAAAAGAAGACGGACGAGACAAUCAGUUGUUCACUUUCAACCAGGGAGAUAACACGAGAAUAUUGAAGGGUGUGAUGCGAGUUGGACAUCUUUCUAAAGGAUUAAUACUUCGUGGAGAAACUAAUGUACAUCUGGUAGUCCUUUGUGCUGACAAACCAACUUUAACUCUACUUAAAAAAGUAGUCGAACUUCUUCCAUCGGCUUUGAAACAGAUAUCACCCGAAGAAGCUUAUAGGGUGUCAAUUAAUGCUCCAGAAGCUGGUUUAAACGUAGCCGGAAAGGACGGGAACGUUUUGGUACAAUUUACUAGUCCGGUGGUUCGAGAGCAGCCAGAAGCUGCGAGCGGUGGGUUCGACCGGGAUGUUCUCUCACGCGGCAAGUGUCUCCAGGCGCUGGCAGCCCUCAGACAUACCAAAUGGUUUCAGGCUAGAGCUUUGGGCCUCCAUUCAUGUGUGAUCAUUAUACGUAUUUUAAGAGAUUUGUGUGAAAGAGUUCCUACAUGGGCCCCUCUAUCCUCAUGGGCGAUGGAAUUGUUGACUGAAAAGGUAAUUUCUUCGGUACCAGGACAGACUCAUCUUUCACCAGGUGAUGCUCUACGCCGUGUUAUGGAAGCCGUUGCCAGCGGUAUUCUUUUACCCGGAGGUCCAGGACUUGCAGAUCCAUGCGAAAAAGAUUCACCGGAUGCUUGCGCUGCACUAUCUGCACAACAUCGUGAAGAUCUUACUUGUUCUGCUCAACACGCUCUUCGAUUAAUCGCAUUUAGACAAAUUCAUAAGGUAUUGGGAAUGGAACCUUUACCACCGCCAAAUACUUUCAAAGAUAGAUUUGGACGUAAACGUCGUGCCGAAGAACAAGAAGGAAUGGAAGUUGAUGGCGGAAAAGUUAUCAAGACAGAAUCCACAGAAUGAAAUAACAUGAAUUAGAUAUUUUUUACGAUUGAAGUAUUUUAAUUUGAAAUAUAGAUAGAUUUAAAUGGUCUGUAUAACGAUUUUCUCAUUAGAAAUAUCAAGGCUAGUUCAAGUGAUGACGCACUCAUGAAAAUUAAUAUGAUGAGUUAAUUUUAUAUUCAUUUUGUUUCAAUUUAAUUUUUGUAAGGAAUUCAAUAAAAUUAACCUGCCUUCUGCUUGACACUUACUUCAAGCAAAUGUCAAUGAAAAUAAUGUUUCUGUUUGUAUUAUUCUUGAAUAAUUAAAAGUUUAUC